GACACGAGCACGAGCUCGUUGGAGUGGGCGAUGGCAGAGCUGCUGCACAAUCCGGAGAAGAUCGAACGUGCCCAUGAAGAGCUCGACCAAGUAGCCCAUGGCAAUGAGGGAACCCUGCAAGAGCCCGACAUCGCAAGGCUCCCGUACUUGCAAGCCAUAGUCAAGGAGACUCUGAGGCUGCACCCGCCGGUCCCAUUCCUCAUCCCGCAUAAGGCUGAGAGCGACGUGCAGAUAUGCAGGUUCCAAAUACCCCGGCACGCCCAAGUGCUAGUCAACGUGUGGACCAUGGGGCGGGACCCUAGUAUAUGGCCCGAUCCGGGCAGCUUUGUGCCGGAGCGGUUCGUGGGGCGCGAGAUUGAUUUCAAGGGCCGGGAUUUCGAGCUCAUCCCAUUCGGGAGUGGGCGGAGGAUAUGCCCCGGGAUGCCCUUGGCCUAUAGGAUGGUGCACUCGAUUUUGGCCUUUCUGUUGCGCUCAUUUGAUUGGAAGCUUGAGCAGGGUGUACGGCCAGAAGAGAUGGACAUGACUGAGAAAUUUGGGAUUACAUUGCAAAAGGCAACGCCUCUCCGUGCUAUUCCCAUGAAGGUGCGACUUUAACUAGCCAUGUACUGGCGCUCAGUGAGAGAUACACGCAAAUGUUUCUCCGUAUUAUACGGUAGGAUUUUCGUUCUUAUGUUAUUUUGCUACUAUAUCUAUUAAAAAUAAAUUUGAUUGUA